AUGAUAGACCCCCGCGAUUUCGCCAAUGAAGCACCACUAACACAUGAACCAGAGUAUGCAUUCAAGGCGAUUACGGCAGCGAACAUCACAUCAUUGGGCGUGCGGGGCAAGGACUGCGCAGUAGUCAUCUCGCAGAAGAAGGUGCCCGACAAGCUCAUCGACCCCUCCUCCGUGUCCCACAUCUUCCGCCUGUCACCCUCAGUUGGCUGUGUCAUGACUGGAUCCAUCGCCGAUGCAAGAGCCUCAGUGAGCAGAGCACGAGGCGAGGCUGCCGAGUUUCGCUACAAGUAUGGCUACGAGAUGCCUUGCGACGUACUGGCAAAGAGGAUAGCCAACAUCAGCCAGGUCUACACACAGCGCGCUUAUAUGCGACCGCUCGGUGUGGCCACGACCCUCAUUUCCCUCGACUCUGAAUUUGGACCCCAACUCUACAAGUGCGAUCCAGCUGGUUACUAUGUAGGCUACAAGGCAACAGCGUCCGGACCGAAGACGCAAGAGGCGCUCAACUUCCUCGAGAAGAAGCUGAAGAACAAGGAGCAUGCGGAAGGCAACUGGGAGGAGGUUGUCGAGCUGGCGAUUACUGCUUUGAGCACUGUCUUGUCUGUCGAUUUCAAGAAGAACGAAUUGGAGAUUGGUAUCGUAGGAGGACCCAAGACCAACGGUCAGGAGGGCACAGACCCCACCUUCAGGGCGCUCACCGAAGAGGAAAUCGAUGAACGACUGCAGUCAAUCGCAGACAAGGACUAA